AUGAAUUCAACGUCAAAAAACAAAAUAAAAUUUUUGAAAACAAAAACCUCCAGAAAUUAUAUUUAAUAUCAACACUUGCGUAAGCUCAUAUGAAGCAGUCAUAUAGACCGUGCUUAGAAACGAUAGGAAUUCGAAGUACUGGCCAUGGAGAACCAGUUGGUGGGCGGCAAUUACCUGGUGCUUGAACAAAUUGGUAGAGGAUCCUUUGGCGAUAUUUAUAGUGGCAUUUGCAUGAAGAAUAACACCAAAGUGGCCAUCAAGAUUGAGUCACACGAACAAGAAUUCCCGCAGCUGAUGAACGAGGCCAAUGUGUACCGCAUGUUGAGCGAUAGUCCAGGGUUUCCCACAUUUCUUUACUACGGCAACCACGGGAAGUCCAAGGCCAUGGUGACUGAGCUCUUGGGACCGUCACUGAGGGAUCUCCUCCACAAGUGCGGCCAUAGAUUUUCACUAAAGACCGUCCUAAUGCUCGCCGAUCAACAGAUGGCACGCCUGGAGACUAUACACACCCUGGGCUACAUCCAUCGCGACGUCAAGCCCGAAAACUUCCUGAUGGGCCUGGGCGACAAAUCCAAAAAGGUGUUUCUGAUCGACUUUGGCAUGUCACACCGAUACAAGAAUCCCGAUACACAGAAGCAUAUUAAAUUUCGCUCGGUUGGCUCUAUAUUCGGCACCUUGCGCUAUUCAUCCCGCAAUGCCCAGAUGGGCAAUGAGCAGUCGCGUCGCGAUGAUCUUGAAUCUCUCAUGUACUGCCUGAUAUACUUUUAUCGGGGAACACUGCCAUGGAUCGGCCUCACCGCCGCCAACGAAAAGCAAAAGACUGAAUUGAUCAUAGAAAAGAAGAAAAGUUUAGAUAUUGACGAUCUGUGCCAGACGUUUCCACCCUUGAUCACUCUGCUCAUCAAAUACGUUCGCAACCUGUUCUUCUGUGAAGAUCCCGACUAUGUGUAUAUGCGGCAAAUGCUUCGCGUAGCUUUUCGUGAUCUGAACUAUGUGUACGACUUGAAAUUCGAUUGGACUCGGCUGGGGGAGGGGUAGGGGUCAGGGAAAGAUCAGGAAAAGGACUGCGAUCGAGUCCAAUCAUCUAUGGAUAUAAAAUCGUCUGAACAGUCGGGUUCGAAUUAUUUUACCUUGUCUGAUCGGUCCUGUCGUAGCUUUAUGACUUGUCGACGCAGAGUUUUAUAAUGUUAUGCAAGAUUUUUCUAUUUACCUUAAACAAAUAUAAUAAA